AUGAACGUCUCGAAUGAUACUCUACCAACGUCAAGUUCGACGGUGGACACGUUGGAUCUCAACAUCACAGUUGUGUUUCUCUCUCUGGUUAUUUUCCUGGCAUUGUUUGGCAAUGGACUGGUCAUCCUUGCGUUUUACCGUUUUCACCUACUUCGCACGAUCACUAACUAUUUUGUAGUAUCACUGGCCGUGGCGGACAUCUUUGUUGCCGGGCUGUCUAUGCCAUACUGGUUGUACAUUCGAUUGUCGGACAUAACAAAGAUCCCAAGAGAAGAUAAGAAGAUUCUCUAUUACUCAUGGCAGUACAUAGACAUCCUGUGCAGUACAGCAUCUAUCGUGAAUUUAUGUAUAAUAAGUGUUGAUAGGCACCUAGCAAUAAACUCUCCUCUAACCUACCACAGUAAAAUGACCGCAAAACGCGCUAAAGGCUCCAUUGCGUUCGCUUGGCUUUUUGCCUUUUUCUGCGCAAGUUUAUCCAUCGUAACAGUGGUAAAAUCGAUAAUGCCGAUGGCAGGACGUGUCUACGCGAUUUUUAUCGCCUUCAUGGCAUUCUUUCUCCCUCUGCUUAUCCUUAUCGUGGUCUACAGUAAAAUUUGCUGCGUUGCCUUUCGUCAAGUGCGCGAAAUCCGCGGCGCUCACUCUAGAAUUCAACACGGUCUUCAGCGAGAACGCACCGUUACUUUUCGUCGUGAGCUCAAAAUCACCAAGACUUUGGCAUUUGUCGUUGGAGCGUUCAUCCUUUGUUGGGGACCGUUUUUUACACUCGUUGUUGUAUACGCAGUGUGCAAAAAGUGUCCUGACCGAACAGAUUGGGUGAGUUUUAGUAAAUGGCUGCAUUAUUCCAACAGCACACUAAACCCACUCAUCUACAUGCUGUUUACUCGCUCGUUUCGUUCUGCCUUUAGACGGCUGAUUGUUCGUGGUUUUUGUUGCAAGUCAUGGCCGCAUGGGGGAAGUCGCUUUAAUCUUACUAUAUGGAAAACAGCAAGCGUUGAACCAACUGAAUUAUUUUCUGUUAAAACGGCAAAGACCGUGGGUGUCAAUGGAAUUGAAAGGAGGACAACAGGACUGGAAAUACUCUCAUUUACCCAAACAAAUACUGAUAUACAACAGUGA